CCACGACAAAAGAGAGAUUAGGUACACGCUGGCUAAUAAUAGUCGUGUGAAGAUUACUGUUUAUCAUAGAUUAAUCGUUUGAAAAAUUUUGUUAUUGGUUAUGAGUGCCUUGAAGCAAAUUAAAAAAGUUAGCCAUGUCAUUUUCGAUAUGGAUGGAGUCUUGCUGGAUACGGAGAAAUUGUACUCGAAAGCAACCCAAAAUGUUGUGGGAAAGUAUGGCAAGACUUAUGACUGGUCGAUUAAAGCUCAGAUGAUGGGACUGAAAGGCACAGAAGUGGCUGAAAAAAUCGUUGAGAUGUUAGAUCUGCCAAUAACACCGGAAGAGUAUUAUAAACUGGCCCAUGAUGAAUACAAUAUCAUAAUGCCAGAUACGCAGUUGAUGCCAGGAGCUGAACAAUUAGUAAAACAUCUUUAUGAACAUAAAAUACCAAUUGCAGUGGCUACGUCUUCAUCGCUAGCCAGUUUUGAACUAAAAACGGCAAAGCACAAAGCCUUUUUUGCUUUAUUUAACCACAUAGUUUGUGGAGGAAGUGAUCCUGAAGUGAGAAAAGGAAAACCCUGUCCAGACAUAUUCUUAGUAUGUGCAGAAAGGUUCAAAGAUAAACCACUUGCUGAAAAGUGUCUAGUAUUCGAAGAUGCCCCCAAUGGAGUUGCUGCCGCUUUGAAGGCUGGUAUGCAGGUUGUUAUGAUACCUGAUGAAAACGUACCUGCCGAGAUGCUCAUUGAGGCUCCUAUCAAAAUAAACAGGCUAGAAGAAGCUCCUUUGGAAUUAUUCGGAUUACCUCCUUUAAAGAGCUAAUGUUAGUUACUGAUCCAAUAAAGUUGAGUUUUUUAUUCUCUGAUUUGA